GGGGAGGGGAGGGGGUAAUAAACACAAAGCGCAGCUUCAUUUUAGUUGUGUUAGGGGAGAUUUGAGCUCCAGACAUGGACGCUGAGUUUUCAGAUACAGAGAGAAACAUGAAGCAACAACAGCCGGAUGAAAACCCGCAACCGAAAACCAGCGACUUUUACAGGGUGGGUGAAAAUCUGCCCAAACGCUUCAACAAUCCAGACUGGUUUAAAGGUUACAGUAAGAAGACCCAUGUACUCUACCAAACAACCAAUCAGACGUAUGGAAGCAAAAAACCUACAGUUCACGAAAUGCCAACAGGCUUUUAUGGAAGAAAGUGUAAAUUUUCAAGCCAUCGCCUGAAAACUGGAAUGUUCCGAGAUAACCGCUUCAACACAGAGCUGGAGAGAAGUCCAAUCACGGGGCCAGAAUCCAUCAACGUAGUGCAAGAUAGAAUCAAUUUCCAUCGUUCAAUAAUCAAUCAGAAGGACCAGUGAAGCAACGACUAACAUGACUUGAGACUAAUUCAUUGUUUUUGCUCUGUAAUCAAUGAAAAUGGCAUUUUAACUAAGUUUGUGUGUGCACAACCAUGCUGGCUACUUUAUUAAUUUUAUUAUCUUUCUGAUAAGCAGCACAGGGGCAUAAUGGGUCGCAUCGCUGCCUCACCGCUCUACAGGGUAAUACUCUUUUUGGCAACACAUCCUAGCCCUUAGAUUACAUUUUUUUACUUUAAAAAGUGUGUCUAAUAUACCUCUAGUGUUUGCACAGACAGUCAAAGGUUUUUGAAAAGUUUAAUUACUGUGAGUGCCCUAGAAAAAAACAUACAGAAAAGGAAUAGAAUAACAACUCAAUUACUGUAAGACACAUAUUACACGUGUGAAUCAACAGAGACCUUAGUGCUUGUGUGUAUGGUAUUAAUGAACACUUUUAGAUCCUGAUGGAAUUCUUACUGAUGCUUUAUCAAAGGCAUAAGGGUUAACCAGUUAAACCUGUAGCUCAAAAACACAGUGUUCAUAUUAAUUGCAGGCUAAAUAUAUGGGAAGUGGGUAGCUCAUUGGUCGACUUGGACUUCAGAUCAGAAGGUAAUGAGUUUAAACUCCGUUCUCACCAAGCUGCCCCUUAACCCUCAACUGCCCAGUUGAAUAAAUGGGAUAACCGUACUUUGGUCUCUGUAACAGCAUCUGCAAAAUGCCAUGAAUGUCAAUAAAGAGAUGCAUAUUAAAAAGA